AUGGAAGCGACUCUCUCAAUUUUAUCGGCCUCGCUGAAGGAGGCAGCUUCGCAGCUAGAAGGUCCGUUGAACUCGGAACGUCUCGCUGCCCUGCACGACCACCGCGAAGGGAAACUGCCCGAUGCUGUCCUGAGUGAGCUGGCAGCGCAAACAUGCGACCUCCUGCAUCAGGUCGAGCAGCUGUUGGAGCCAUCGUCCCUAGUGCUCGCCGACCAUUUCCUGGGCUAUCUCAACUCCAAAUGCCUUUGCGCAGCUGUUGAACUCCACAUUCCAGAUCUCCUCGUGAAUGGGCCUCAGCAUUUGGCAAAACUGGCCCGGUUGUCAGGGGCCAGAGAGGACCGGCUGCGCCAGGUUCUUCGAAUGCUGCACAACAACGGAAUCUUCGCUUACUCCCCGGACGCCGACACGUACAGCAACAACCCGACCUCUGAGAUGCUGAGAACGGAUCAUUGGACUCAAUGGCACAACUGGGUUGAUCUGUACGCCAAUGAGUUCUACGACAUGGCAAAGGGAAUUCCGGCCUCGCUCAAGCAGGGCACGGUGCGCACCCCGGCACAGAUCAACUUCGAUACCGACGAGAACAUGUUUGACUACUUCACGCGCCGUGGGUGGCUACCACGAUUACAUCGGACACUUGGAGGUGGAGCUACCGCGCAGGCUCCUGGUAUCCUGGCCGACUAUCCUUGGGAGGAGUUUGGCGACAAGAGCUUCCUCGAUAUCGGAGGGGGUGAAGGUGCAUUGAUUGCGCUGAUACUGCGCAGACAUCCUGGCAUGCGCGCCGCACUACUCGAUACGCCCAAGGUCAUUGAGCAUGCUCGGCCGCUGUUCCGAGAUGGAAAGUAUGCAGAUGUUGGCGAGCGGGUGCCAGAUGACAACUUGAUCGCGGGGGACUUUUUGAAGAGCAUUCCGACCUUUGAGUUCUACACGAUGAAAUGGUGCCUGCACGACUGGGACGAUGAGAAGACUACAAUCGUACUGCAGAACAUUCGCAGAGCUAUCCAGGCAACCCCCGACAGCCGCCUCGUAGUUAUGGAGUCUAUUCUGGCAGAUGGACGCAGUCGCCGACUCUCACGGUAUGGGGACCUCACUAUGAUGGUCAGUGCGGAUGGACAGGAGCGAACUGAGGCGCAAUGGCGCUCGCUCGCCGGCCGCACUGGAUGGGAGAUCCGGAAGGUCCGGACUCUGAGGGGAGCAUGGCCCUGUGCCAUUGAGAUGAAACCGGUCUGA